CGGUUGAGGACUUCUAGUGGUUGCCUCUUCCCUCCACCAGUUCUUUGCCAACGCCGCAUUGCAACGCCCUAAUGGCACAUCUGCGUGAAUACUUGCACGCUGCAGUACCACCUCCGUCGACGGACGACAGAGUAGCGGUUGUUGACCUUCGUAGCUAUCUUGGGAAGAUCGACCGCGAGAACGCAACGCAACGGUACGUCGACAUCGACGCGCCGCUCCUCUACAUCCGCAUUCAGAUCGGAAAGGCGACCUGCGGUGCCUUGAUCAAUUGUGGAGCGACUCGCAAUUACAUCAGCCAAGACUUUAUGGCACACACUGGGCUUGGCCCACACGUUCGAAAGAAAAGUCAGCCCACGGACGUCACGUUGGCCGAUGGUCAUAUGCAAAUGUCAAUUGACCGCUGCAUUGACUCCGUGCCCGUGUACUUUGCCCCUCUAGCAUGCGAGGCCGUGUCAUUCGACAUAUUGGACACUAAGUUCGAUAUGAUCUUAGGCAUGCCGUGGCUGCAAAGCGAAGACCAUCCGGUGAACUUUUUCCAGCGCAACGUUCACGUUCGUGAUCGGCGUGGUGAACUAGUUCCGUGCAUGGUGCCACUUCCUCAUCCUUCGAUUGGCUAUUACGUGGUCUCCGUGGCGAGCAUUCGUCAAUCCAUCCGGCGGAACGACAUCGAGGAGAUGAGCGUGUGUUUUCUUCACGCCCUCCCACCCAGUGAUCUGCCCAAAACGGGCACAUCGGACCCACACAUCAUUGAGCUUUUGGACAGCUAUGAGGAUGUCUUCCAAGCUCCCCCCGGAGUAGUACCGGAUCAGCCCAGACACCACGGGAUCACUCUCGAGGAUGGCGCCGUACCUCCGCGCGGAUGUAUUUACCGCAUGAGCGAAGAGGAGCUUCAAGUGCUACGGGCACAACUAGACAACCUCUUGGCCAAGGGCUGGAUUCGCCCUAGUUGUUCGCCAUACGGUGCUCCCAUUCUCUUCGUCCACAAGAAGAACAAGGACCUUCAUUUGUGUAUCGAUUAUCGGAAACUUAACGCGCAAACGAUCAAGAACGCCGGCCCUGUCCCUCGGAUCGAUGAUCUUCUCGAGCGACUAGGCGGCCCCAAGUACUUCUCGAAGCUUGACCUCAAGUCCGGAUAUCACCAGAUCGAGAUCCAGCCAAGAGAUCGGUACAAAACCGCAUUCAAUACACGGUAUGGGCACUUUGAGUGGAUCGUCAUGCCUUUCGGUCUCACUAAUGCCCCGACUACUUUCCAAGCGGCUAUGACGACGGAAUUCCGUGACCUGCUCGACCGCACCGUACUUAUUUACCUUGAUGAUAUCUUGGUUUAUAGUUGGUCGUUGGACGAGCACCUCGAGCACCUUCGCGCCAUUUUGGAGCGACUCCGUAUCGCCAAGUACAAGGAAACCCGCGACAAGUGCGAGUUUGCCCAGCAAGAGCUGGAGUACUUGGCCAUUACGUUACGCCGCAAGACAUUUGACCGCUCACGGACAAAGUAAAAGCCAUUCAAGAUUGGCCGGACCUCGCGUGUACUAUCAACAUCCGCUC